GAUCUUCAUCACAUUCGCACACACUCACCACGUACAUUUUCACACACAGAGCACUGCACUGUGCACCCACCCACAAACAGAGAGAGAGUGUUCUUGAGCUUUGCAGCAGAGUUCCUUCUUCCUUUUCAACAUCUCCCCCAUUCUCUAACAUCCCGCUUCUUAGAUCCCUUUCUGUUAAUCAUCUGUCUUUCAAGUUGUUCAUAUUUUGAGUUUGUAUUUUUUGACAAGAAAAAUGUUGUACAAAAAGCAAACUUAGACUAAGCAUUUCAAGAAAGUCAGGUGUUUUCAGAACUGAGGUCCCUUUUUUUGUUUGGCUUCCCUCAUUCAUUUCUAUUUCUUCCAAGUAAAUUCUCCUUUUUUUUCUUAUUGUUUAUUUUCUGUUUUAGAGGGCUUAUUUGUUGUCCCUCCUCAAGGCCUGCUUAUUUGGGCCACAGGAUACACUAGAGGUUGUCUAUUUGUAUACCUCUUCAGAUCCUACCAUUUCUUUAAUUAAUUUCCUAGAACGGUUUUUGUGUGUGUAAAUCUUUUGUAGAGAAAAUCACCUGUUCUUUAAUUUUGAUAAGAAUCAGGUCGGUCUUUUCAGUUUCUUGGUCUCCUUUUUUGUUCUUCUUUCAGUUGCUCAGUUGGUAGUAGUAACGAGUAUUAAUUAUUUUGAGAUGGCAGCUGCAAUGGAUUUCUGGAAUAGUACACCUUUAGAUCUACAACUGGACCCUUUCAAGGGUGGUGAGUUGAUGGAAGCACUUGAGCCUUUUAUGAAAUCUGGUGCUUCCUCCCCUUCUUAUUCUUCUUCUUACUACAACCCUCAAUCUUUCUCUACUGCCUCCCCUUCUUCUUUUCCUUCUAUGGAUGACCAAUUCUUCUCUUUCUCUUCUUCUAGCCCUUCUACCUCCUCGUCUGCUCCCUACAACUCUCCCUCCUCCUCCUCCUUUCCAGCCCAAUACCAGGCACAGUUCAAUAUGUACCCUGAAAGUUGUUACUCAUCCCAGUCGACAUAUGGGCUAGUAGACCAACAGGGCUCACUUGGGCUCAAUCAACUAACUCCCUCCCAGAUCCAUGAUAUCCAAUCCCGAUUCAGCCUCCAGAACGAAAAUCAACAUCAUAUGAUCUCCGGGCCUUUCCACCAACACUGGCCCGCUACUCGUCAGAGCCAAUCGCAGCAGCAGGCGCUUCCCUUCUUGGCCCCAAAGCCCGUUCCAAUGAAGCAUUCCGCCUCUCCUCCCAAGCCCACGAAACUCUACCGAGGAGUCAGGCAGCGCCACUGGGGCAAGUGGGUCGCUGAGAUCCGUCUACCCAAGAACCGGACCCGACUCUGGCUUGGUACCUUUGACACUGCCGAGGAGGCGGCCCUGGCCUACGACAAGGCGGCGUUCAAGCUGAGGGGCGACUUCGCGCGGCUGAACUUCCCUCACCUCCGCCAUAACGGGUCCCUCAUCGGCGGCGACUUCGGCGAGUACAAGCCUCUGCAUUCCUCCGUGGAUGCCAAGCUUCAGGCAAUCUGCCAGAGCCUGGCUGAAGGGAAGAGCAUUGACGGCAAGAAAUCGAAAGGGACAAGGCGGAAAGCGGCGGAAGAGGAGAAGGCCGCCGCCAAGACAGUUGACGCCGAAUCUGAGAGCGAAACGGGGUCGGGCCAUGUAACCGACGGCUCAUCUCCGGUGUCGGAUCUGACAGUUCCGGAUUUCACGGAAGAGGAAGGCACCUGGGAAGCCUGUUCGGAGAAUCUGAUGUUGGAGAAGUAUCCAUCUUAUGAGAUUGAUUGGGCAGCUCUUUAAGUUCAAAUUGAUGUUUUGUUUAGUCAAAAAAAAAAAAA